AUGACAGAGCCAUCAACAGAACCAUCACGUGCAUUUACAGAAACAACAAUUUUGGUUCUUUUAAUUUUCUUUAUAGUUUUCCUUAGAGGAUUAGCAUCAUAUUUAAAUAGUCAAUCACAAGCAGUCUUAUUGAGUACAUCUAAAAAUGUAGCCAUCUUUGUGUUGGGAGAUAUCGGAAGAUCCCCCAGAAUGCAAUAUCAUGCAUUAAGCUUUGCACAAAAUGGCUGGAAUGUAGAUUUCAUAGGAUACAAUGGUGCAAGCCCACUUAUUUCUAUUACAGAGGAUCCAAAGAUUAAAAUUCAUUAUUUAACACAUCCAUGGCACUUUCCUGAUAAACUCCCAAAAUUAUUAUUUUUUAUCUAUGCACCAUUCAAAGUAUAUUUUCAAAUUUUACUUGCAUAUUGGGUAUUUCUUGUUAGAAUAAAAAGACCCGACUUUGUGUUGGUUCAGAAUCCUCCUUCAAUACCAACAUUAAUGAUUAUUCAAUUUAUCUGUUGGAUAAGAAGCACAAAUUUAAUCAUUGAUUGGCAUAACUUUGGUUUCACAAUAUUAGGUAUAAGAUUAGGUCAAAAUAGUCGAAUUGUAAAAUUUGCAAAAUGGUAUGAACAAUUUUAUGGUCGGCGAGCAUAUGCACAUUUGACUGUUACUGGAGCUUUACAUCGUGAAUUAAUGUAUAAAUGGAAUGUUGAAGGAAAUAUAUCAACUUUAUAUGAUCGUCCACCCUCACACUUUAAAAGAUUAAGUCUUGAUGAAAUUCAUGAGUUUUUUACUAGAUUUGAUUUAGAAAAAAUAAUUUCUGAACAAUCAAUAGGUUCAGAUUUUCUUCCACCAUCAUCCAGCAAUUCAACAUUUUUAACAAUGAAAAACCUAUCAACCAACCAAGUAACAUUUCGCAAUGAUAGGCCAAUAUUGAUUGUUAGUAGUACCAGCUGGACUGCUGAUGAGGAUUUUUCUAUGUUAUUAAAAGCUGCUCAUAUAUAUGAUGAAACAGUUGAAAAAAGUAAACACCAAUCUGAAUCAAGCAGAGUAUUUCCAAAAUUGGUUUUUGUUAUUACAGGAAAAGGGCCUUUAAAAGAUAAAUAUGAAGAAGAAAUAAGUAAAAUGUUAUCAAAAAAUAUAAGAAUUGUUACUGCAUGGUUGUCAUUUGAAGACUAUCCUAUGUUACUAGGAAGCGCUGACUUAGGAAUAUGUCUACAUACUUCAUCUUCUGGAAUGGAUUUACCAAUGAAGGUGGUUGAUAUGUUUGGUUGUGGUUUGCCUGUAUGUGCAUUUGAUUAUAAAUGUCUUGAUGAGCUUGUAAGACAUAAUAGAAAUGGGUUAGUAUUUAAAAAUGGAGAACAAUUAGCUGAACAAUUAAUAGACUUAUUUACAAAUUAUCCCAACACUGAAAUAAAGCUUGAUGCUAUGAGAAAAAAUAUCAUUGAAUUUCAAAAAGAAAGAUGGGAUGAUAAUUGGAAACGAGUUAUGAUUAUUGAAAUUUUUAUAAAAUAG